AGCGCAGCUUCGCCGCCGGCGUCACUGUCCCGCGGCGCUCAAGGGCGCAGCCACCUAGGCGCCUUUGGCCACCACUCCGUCCGGGAGCACAGGAAACGCACGCCCAGCUCUGACCGGAAGUGGGUCGGGCCGCGGGUCCUUCUGGGAGCACCUGUGCUCUGGGACAUAACGGGCGCGCGCUGCUGCGGGAGUCUAUGGACCUGGCUGUGGGUCGUCCACGUGCCGUGUCUCUGAGGUUGCGUUUCGGGGGUUUUUUGGCUGGUGGCGCCGCCGGGACCCCUCCGCGGGAGAGGCACGAGUGCUCCGGUGUGCGCCGGCCGUGGGCUGCGGACUGGGCGCGGGCUCUCGGGGGGCUCGGAGUCCCCGGAGUCACAGCCUGGCGGGGUGCUCUCGGCCAGAAGGCGGUACUCGCGCCUGUGCGGAGCUGCAACCAAAAAGCUGGUUUCUCAUGAGCAGCAUGUCAGCUGAGUUUUUUCUUUAAACUCAUUUAUCUGGCCUGACUGUUAAUAGCCCACAGGUCCUGCCUCCCAGCACUAAGCCUAUUUGUGCUGUGAGCAUAGAGAUGGCUGAGGACAGAUGACUGUCCUUCUGGCCUGAGGCCCACGGCACACACUUGCAGGGACCUACAAAAGGGUGGAUCUGGCCCUGCAGACGUCUUGACCGGCGCUUGACAAGCACUAAUGGCUGUCUCAACCUUGAAAUACCAGCAACAGCUGUGGGGCAUGGAGCGCUUGUCCCAGAUGGCGGGAAGAAGAGCGUGGUCUUCUGAGGACUCUGCACCUCGCCGGGAGGAAGAGGACAUGACCAGGCCUCCUAAAACAGUGACGUUCAAGGAUGUGGCCAUGGACCUCACCCAGGAGGAAUGGCAGCACAUGAAGCCUGCUCAGAGAGAGUUGUACAGAGAUGUGAUGCUGGAGACCUACAGCAACCUAGUAACCGUGGGUUGUCAAGUCAGCAAACCAGAUGUGAUCUUCAAGUUGGAACAAGAAGAGGAGCCGUGGGUACUGGAGGAAGAGAUGUUUUGGCGACGCUCUCCAGAAGCUGCAAGAAGGGGAAGGAAGAGUUACGCCGCUAAGGACAUGGCCAAGGACCUGCGGUUCGAGGACGUGGUCAUCUACUUCUCUCUGGAGGAGUGGGAGUGCCUGCACCAUUCCCACAGGGAUUUGUACCGAGCUGUGAUGCUGGAUAACUACAGCAGCCUGCUUUCUCUGAGUCUUGCUGAUACUAAGCCAUGUGUGGUCUCCCUUUUAGAGCAGGGCAAAGAGCCCUGGAUGGUUACAAGGAGUGACACAAAAGUUUGGCAUCCUGAUUGGGAGUCUAGGACAGAAGCCAGGAACUUCCUUCCAAAGGCCAGUUCCAAAAUUAAAACAUUGCAACAAAAGAUGGCCAAAACCCAUACAUGCCCCAGCCCUGAGGACAGCAGGGCCAGAGGUGGCAGAGAAGUCACAAGCAGGCUGGAGAGUCAACAGGUCCAUCAGGAGGGACACUUGAGACAAGCUUCAGUAACUUCUGUCGCGAGGCCAGGUUCCGCCCAGUGCACAGCCCAUGAGGAGGCUCACCCUGGCGGAAAACCCUGCAGGGGUGAGCAAGGUCAGAAAAUGUCCCCGUGCCAGGUGCCUCCCAUUGACAGUGCACAAAUUCACAGUAAGGCAAAGGCCGGUGAGCCCGCCCAGCGCGCCAAGGUCUCUAACAGCGCAUCAGACAUGGCCGUGCGUCAGAGGCCUCCCGAAGGCAGAAGAGAAAGUGAGAGUAAGAAAGGCGCCCCCGACACCUUGAAACCUCAGAGCGCGCAGGGUAGUGAGAGGCCCCAUAAGUGUAAGGAGUGCGGGAAGGCCUUCCACACCCCGUCCCAGCUCAGUCACCAUCAGAAGCUGCAUGUAGGUGAGAAGCCCUACAAGUGUAAGGAGUGCGGGAAGGCCUUCCCGUCUAACGCCCAGCUCAGCCUUCACCAGAGAGUCCACACUGACGAGAAGUGCUUUGAGUGCAAGGAGUGCGGGAAGGCCUUCAUGCGCCCCUCACACCUGCUCCGGCACCAGCGCAUCCACACCGGGGAGAAGCCUCACCAGUGUAAGGAGUGUGGGAAGGCCUUCCGCUACGACACACAGCUCAGCCUACACCUGCUCAGCCAUGCUGGCGCGCGGCGCUUUGAGUGUAAGGACUGUGACAAGGUGUACAGCUGCGCCUCCCAGCUCGCUCUCCACCAGAUGACACACACUGGUGAGAAGCCGCACAAGUGUAAGGAGUGUGGGAAAGGCUUCAUCUCUGACUCACACCUCCUUCGCCAUCAGAGUGUCCACACUGGGGAGAAGCCCUAUAAGUGUAAGGAGUGUGGCAAAGGCUUCCGCCGGGGCUCAGAGCUUGCCCGCCAUCAGAGAGCCCAUUCUGGUGAGAAGCCCUACAAGUGUAAGGAAUGCGGCAAGGCCUUCACCUGCACCACGGAGCUCCUGAGACACCAAAAGGUUCACACUGGGGACAGGCCCCACAAAUGUAAGGAGUGUGGGAAGGCCUUCAUUCGCAGAUCGGAGCUAACGCAUCAUGAGAGAAGCCACAGUGGGGAGAAGCCCUAUGAGUGUAAGGAGUGUGGGAAGACCUUCGGCCGAGGCUCCGAGCUCAGUCGACACCAGAAAAUCCACACCGGCGAGAAGCCCUAUAAGUGCCAGCAGUGUGGGAAAGCCUUCAUCCGCGGCUCCCACCUCACCCAGCACCAGAGGAUCCACACAGGACGGAGGAGCGAAUGAGCUGCCUCAGAAAAUCCAUAGUUCAUGAACCCUGUGCUGCCUGGCAGGGCAGGAGGACAAAGUCACAGCGUUGCUCAUCGGUUAGAAUUCAUACUCAAAGACCAGUUAGGUCCAGAAGGGACUGGACGCAUGUCACCAGAAAAACCUCAGAACUACAGAAACUGGAAGCGACUUACUGUUUCAGAAUUUAUCAUAAGGCUUUAGUUGAUGAAAAACUGAAAGUUGUGCCCAGCAGUGGUGGCGCAUGCCUUUAAUCCCAGCACUUGAGAGGCAGAGGCAGGCGGAUUUCUGAAUUCCAGGCCAGCCUGGUCUACAGAGUGAGUUCCAGGACAGCCAGGGCUACACAGAGAAACCCUGUCUCAAAAAACAAAAAACCAAAAAACCCCUGAAAGUUGCAGGAAUGUAAAGAAAGGAAGAGUGGCUCUGUGGCCCAGCGCCGAUCAACAGCCUCAGGGGACUGACUCAUAGCAGGGGCAAGUGCGCAGGGUGCGGUGAGCAUGGCGGAGAGAUUUAGCAGAUGGAACAUGUCCACUCCCGCACCCGGCAGCCCUCCAGGGAGAGAGCUCCAUCACACAGCUCGAUCCUCCCCGUCAUCCCUUAGAUCAUCCCUCAGGCCACGCUCGUGCGACCGCGCAGUGCGCACCAUUCACCCCCACUGCUCAUGGGAUGGCCUCUGCUCUAUAGUCAGUGAGCUGUGGAGUGUGGGGAGGACUCAGGCGUGUUGACUUUCUGCGUGUCCUCAGGAGUCAGGGCAGACUUUGCUGACUGCUCAGUUCUUCUGUGAGGUAGCAGUGCUGGCCCCAUGGUUCUAGUUACGCUGUGGGUGUGUAGAGUUUAUAGAAUAACAUCCAGCUCGUAUUUAAAGUGUGCCAAGUACAGCAGGCAUGCUGCUACACACCUGUGACAAUGCAUCGGGCACACUGUUACACACCUGUGACAGCGCAGCGGGCACGCCAUUACACGCCUGUGACAUGAGCACCUGGAAGCCAAAGGUAGGAAGAUCACAAGUUGAGGAGACUCUAGUAAAAACAACAAACAAAAUGAUGCCAAGUGCAGCUGCUGUCUUUGCUAUUUUCAUAACUGUGACCUUUUAUAUAACAGUCCUACAAGAGGAAAGCCUUACAUGUCCAGUAUCUCGAGGGACGUCUUGCCUCCCCUCUUUGACUGUUAGAGAGUUCUCAUGAAGAGUGACGUAACGCCGAGUUUACCCUUCCGCUGGUCGGAAGCCUCAUAUUGGAGUGUGGUAAGGUCAGCGUGACAAGGGGCUGGGAUAACUUCCUGAAGCCUCCUGAGCGAGGUGUGGUGCUACAUACAUGCUGUAAUCCCAGCACUUGGUAGGUAGGGACGGGACAGGGAUUCAAGGGGUAGCCUGGACAACAAGUCCUGCCUCUCAGAACUUGAAUAAACUGGAGAGCUGGAGAAUAGUGAAGCUGUAGGCAGUCCGAGCCUCUGUGGGAUGUCACAGUGCCUGCGUAGCACUUUCUAUCCAGAGGUUCGUUAGCAAUAAACUACACUACAUGCUGGGAUGUGUACACUGAGACUGAAACUAUGCUCUGGGGAAAAUGAACAUCCCUCCAUCUGUGUAAGUGGGGGUUGGAAGGUCUAGGAUUCUGUUUAUUAUGCCUGCUACAAUACCUAGUCCUGGUAAUUCCAGUAAGUAUUCUAAGUUACACUAGGGCAAAUAAAUACUCAACUCCAGCACACAAAGAAGCUAACAAAAUUAAACUUGGCAAAACUAAACCUUGGAGUAGAUGAGACACACACACAGUGUUGUGCAGGAGAUGAAGCUCUUAGGAAAUAAGACCAGCUUGACUGGGCAGAGAGCACAGGUUCUACCCGUCCACAGGUGUUAGCCAGUCUCCUGCAGUGUCACCACAGUGUGUCUGGAUCUAAUGUCUGUGCCCUUGUCCCACAUGUGACUGACUGGGCAGGAGACCACCAUGGGCUUAGUAACGAAAUCCAGGGACAUGCAUGGCCUUCCAGCUGCAGGGAGCACAUCUGAGCCUCCUGGGAUGCACACAUUGUCAUUGACACCGUGCCUUCUCUCCUUUUCCUGGACCUACGGAAUGAGAACUAGACACUGACAAUUAAUACUCAGCUCUUUACAGUAUGUGCAAUGCUUGGAAAUUUAGCAUUUAAAAAUAUUCUUACACAGAUACAUUGUUUCAGUAACGUAGGAUGUUUAUAUUCAGCUUUUUAUACUAUAUCUGACAUAGAGAAGCAUUAUUUUCCAAAGUAUUUUCUUAGCCAUAUUACUGAAAUAUAUAUACAACUUCAAUUUAGUAAGAUGUAGUAUAUUUACUUAGAGCAUUUGAUAGUGUUUCUAUAUUCUGCUUUUUAUUGUAUAUCUUAAAUCCUGGAAAAGUAUUGUUUUCCGAAGGACGUUAGAGCCACGGAGAAGCUGCUUAAGGAGCCCCUCAUCGCUCAGACGCUGGUCAUGUGACAGCCGAGACACUGUCUACCUCUCAGGGCAGAGGCAUUCACAGCUGGGGAGGCAGCAAACACUCACCAGAUGUGGAAAGGGGCAGCAGCAUCUGCAGUCAGGCCGCUAGUUACCAGUCCACCGGCCUUAGAGGACUUGGAUUGCAGCAGCGUGUAGUGCCCAGCAGUCCAGGAAACAGCAGUGUGGUGCUUUGUGCAAAGGACUUUGUUGAAGUGCUAAUGAGUGAGAGAGUGAGGACUGUACAAUCACUUGAGGCUAGCAGAGCCUGCGGUGAGGUCCCCUCCUUGUCCUUCCUCCUGCUCUGUAGCAGUCCAUGUUGAGAGCAGUCUGCUUUCUCCUGGAGCUCAGCUGCCCCGCCCUGCAGAGCAUCACCUCAUGGGAGGGAAAGCUGCUAAUUACUAGCCAGGCUCCUGCAGAACAGUCCUGCCGGCAGCGUGUGGGCGUGGGUGCACACACGAGGGGCGGCCAGCGGUCAGGUCAGGGCGUCUGCCUCAGCAGCCAUCUACCUCGGUUUUCUAGUGCAGGGUCUCACGAGGAGCUGGGACUAACCCAUUACAUUAGGGCCAGCCGACUGGCCAGGGAGCCCCAGGGACCCACUCAGCGCUGUCUCCCUAGCAUUGGAAUUAAUGCAGGUGCACACAUCACCUGGCUUUCUCAUGUGGGUUUUGGGGAGAUUUGGAGGUCAGGUCCUCACACUUGCACAGCAGGCGCUUUACUGACUGACCCAGUACCCCAGCCGGGCAGUAUGUUUUAAAAGGGAGAAAUGAUAACUGAGUUUUAAUCUGCACUGGUAUAUUAAUAAACCUAUCUAAAAUUUUUAACUAUUCUUCUAAGAGGAGAACUUGCACAUUUUAUAGGAAUUAAAUAAAUUAAUGAAAGUUUUUUAAAAGGGUGCUUUUAGUACUGAUUUCAGAGUUGGAAUGAUAGCUUAUUCAUUUUCUGCUCCUAUAUACAUAUUUUUUCAUAUCUUGAAUGUCCUCUCCCAAGUGUGUCAUGAUGCACCUGAAACCAAAAUAUCCUGCAGUGAUGGACUUAGAAAACCCCAUGUGUGCACUGUUUGUAAGUGCUAACAGCGGGCGUGGCCCACCGUUCUCUGGUUGAGAUGCACUCACAAGCUUAGACUUGUCUCAGGAACAGAGAUGGUGGGCACGAGUGCACCAAGUGGGAGUGCGCACAGGAGUGCAGGCUCUUUUCCCACACAGUGCCGUCCUGGGGCCUUCUGGUCACUACUCACCACUCUGCCAUCCCACGUAACACAGACAAGCCACGUGCGUGUGCUGCCCGUUCUUUCCCAGCAAGGUUAGCUUCACCAUCAGCGGUGCGAGUUCAGACACACGCAUUACCUCAUGGUGCUGCCUCUGUUUCUAUAGAGCAGCUAAAUCCCUGCCUUAGCAUAGUAGACUGAAAAUGUACUUGGUGCCUUAUUGUUUCCGUGUGGAGCUCACUGUCAUCUGAAAGCCAACCAGUGUGUGCUUCUCAACUGUGUUAACCAGGACUGAAAAUGUACCUUCUGUUUGCACUUCCUUGACUGUUAGAGAGGAGGUGCGGGUCAUGUGAGCUUUGUUUCUGUGAAUCGCACAUUGCUAUCACUCUGGCUUUGUAACACGCCUAGGAGCUCAUAUUACACAGGGUAACUUGUCAUCUUAGUCUAGUAUAUGUCAUUUACCCCUGCUUCUGUCAAAAUAGUUACCAAAUGUUUUCAGGUUGGGGCCUGCUUUUAUGCAGCCUUUGCUACAAUGAAGUGCCUCCUGUAUAAGCCAACAAUUCACAGCCACUUCUAGUAGACAUGUGCUAAUGCCCACAGUCACUUUUUGUCACUUUCAAGAUGACUGCUGCUUAUGUCUAGUGGGCAGAGGCCAGAGAUCCUUCUCGGUGUCCUGGGGUGCACAGCACAGCCCCCAAAACAAAUCAUGUCACACUCUAAAAUGUCAGUGUGUUUCUGGCCAGAACAGAACUGGAUACCACUGUUUAUCAAUAAAAUAUUCACAGAAACAAGCAGCUGGCUACAUCAAACCUGUAAGGGUGCCUUUCUACCUGUUUUAAAUAGCAUUUAUCUGUAUUGUUAGUUUUGUUUCUGAAAUUUCUUUUAUCUCAAGUAGUUUUCCAUAUUUUAUGACUUUAAUCUUCUUGUCUAAAAUUGCAGAGAAUCAGUAGCCUGUGUGUAAUAUCAGCUCAGCAUUUCUGAAGCAUGGGUUUGUGUUUGCUUGGUUUGGGUUGAUUUUUUUUUAAAUAAAAUAAAUCAUUUCAGAGAA